AUGGCUCAGUCGCCUCCGCAGAGCCUCCUUAGCCACGACCACUGGAUCUUCUCCCAGGGCUGGGGCUGGGCCCACUCGGACUCCACGUCCCCGGCCUCCUCCUCGGACUCGUCGGGUUCGUGCCCCUAUGACAGCUCCCGCGGCCCCUCGCAGCCCGCACCCCCCGCCUGCAGCUCCAGCGCCGCGGAGGCCACUCCACCGGCGCCCCGACGUGCUCGGACCUGGCCGGCUGGCGGGCAGCGGCAGAGCGCCAGCGAGCGCGAGAAGCUGCGCAUGCGCACGCUCGCCCGCGCCCUGCACGAGCUGCGCCGCUUUCUGCCGCCGUCCGUGGCGCCCGCCGGCCAGAGCCUCACCAAGAUCGAGACGCUGCGCCUGGCCAUCCGCUACAUCGGCCACCUGUCGGCCGUGCUGGGCCUCAGCGAGGAGAGCCUGCAGCGCCGGCGCCGGCGGCACAGCGACGCGGCGUGCCCCCGGGGCUGCCCGCUCUGCCCCGACGGCGGUCCCGCGCAGGCGCAGAUGCAGCCGCAGGUGCAGGUGCGCGGCCCGGGCCUGGGCUCAGCUACCCACGCAGGGGCGUCCUGGGGGUCCCCGCCCGCCUGCCCUGAAGCCCAAGUCUUGCCCGAGACGCGCGACCCGCUGGUGCUGCACGCCGAGGCGACACGUCCCGAAGGGCAGGCGAUGGAGCCGAGCCCCUCCUUUCCGCUCUUUUCUGGCGACGUGCUGGCCCUGUUAGAGACCUGGAUGCCCCUCUCACCUCUGGAGUGGCUGCCGGCCUGA